GCGCCAUGACCUGCCCCGACGCCCAGGACCACCCGGCUCCGGGGGUCCGCCUGGAGACCGAGGCCACCGAGGGGUCCCAGGACCACCCAGAGACUGA